UCUGUCACCGUCGAUCAAGUCAUACCAAAUGGUUCGAUAGCGAUCACUGUGAACCUCCAUGGCCGACUUCUUCCCAAAGGCAGAGCUCACCGGUGCCGGUCGCCCGAUCCUUCUUCCCGGAGAGUUUGAGUGCUCCCUCGUCGCCGCCGUCGACCUCGAGUCCCAAGAUGAACCGCCCACCUUCUCUCCGUUGAAAACUGGCAUUCUCACCCUUACUACUCAUCGUCUCCUCUGGCUUCCGUCCGGCGCUGCCACCGCCUCCGCCUCCGCCGUUUUCAUCCCCCUUGCCGCGAUUUCCCAUGUAUUCGCUCCCAAGAAGUCGAUCAAGUCCAUGUUCGCUUCACCCAGGAUCCGAUUCCAGGUCUCUACGUCGGUACUUAAUCCCGGGUCGAGUUCGAGAACUGUGGUGGUCACGGUGGUGGUAAGAGGGAAGGGGGACUGGGAAGGGUUUUAUGGGAAGUUGUGGGAGAAUUGGAGGGGGAGGGCGUGGGAGAAUGAAACGGGAAGCUCUGCUUCUGAGUCUGGUUCAAGUACGGUCAAUAGUGCGGGUGGCUUGUAUGGGAGUGAUGGGUCAGUGAGGAUGGUUGGGGUGGCGGGAAUAUUGAGGAAGGAGCAGCAAAUGUGGGAGAGUACGGACAAGAGCUUACAAGAGGCUUUCCAGGACUUGCACGCUCUCAUGAGCAAGGCUAAAGAGAUGGUGAUGUUAGCAGAGAAAAUGAGGCAAAAGCUUUUAUCAGCUUCAAACUCACAAACCAGCACUGCAAGUGACGAGGAAAUGGGUUCCAAAGAAGAGAUGCAAGAUUGGUUACUGAGUGUUGGUAUUGCUUCCCCUGUCACAAAGGAAUCUGCAGGAGCUAUGUAUCACCAACAGUUGUCCCGGCAGUUGGCAGAUUUUGUUAGAACUCCUCUAGAGAGAGCGGGAGGGAUGAUCAAUCUGAUAGAUAUCUAUUGUCUCUUCAAUCGUGCUCGGGGCACAGAGUUGAUCUCACCUGAGGAUUUAUUGCUGUCAUGUUCUCUCUGGGAGAAGUUUGAUGUGCCCAUAAUGCUUCGGAAGUUUGAUAGUGGAGUUAUGGUAGUUCAGAACAAGUCGCACAGUGAUGAAGAGGUUUUUGCUAGAAUCAAAACCUUUAUAACAAGGCCAGAUGCCCUCCGAACUGGGAUAACUGCUAGCGAUGCUGCAAUGACAUUAGGCAUUGCUCCAGCUAUGGCCAAGGAGCAUCUUCUAAGUGCUGAGAGCAAAGGUUUAUUAUGCAGGGAUAUUAGUCCUGAUGGGUUUCGUUUUUACAUCAACCUCUUUCCAGAAAUUCAUCCUAAUGAUUUGUACUUAGUAAAGGAUUACGGGAUUUAUAUGGCAUGGAUAAAAGCUGCAGCUUCUUGACUUUGCCAACAAUGAAAUGUGCAAGUUCCACACCUGCGCGGCUACAAUGAAAUUUUGUGGGCAGCUGGUGUUUCUUCUUUUGCUCCACAAGUUGCAACUACAUUAUUUUUUUUUUCCAAGUUACAAUAUAUUGGGAAAGGUGGCAAGGCUAUGCUACUUACAGAAUCGUUUGUAUCCAUUUACUGUAAAAUGUAACAGACUAACAGUUGAGCCAUAUAUGUGAUUAUUUAGGAGGCAAAUUAAUACUGAUGAAGGUCAGCUGCGAAGACCAAUAAA